UAUCCGCCUUUUCUUGGGACGCAAAGUGAAAUUCGCUGCACGUGGGGGGUUACUCUAUGAAAAAGACCCCGUUUUUAUCCCAAUAACAUCAGUUCACCUUUAUUUUUACUUUGAAAACUUUACAUCAGGCUGUUAUCGGGAUGUUCCUGCUCUUUUACCUCGAUGAGAACGGAGACAGAGUCUACACUCUGAAGAAGGUGAAUCCCACCGGGCAGCCCACCAGCUCAGCCCACCCUGCUCGUUUUUCUCCCGAUGACAAGUUCUCCAGACACCGCGUGAUGUUGAAGAAACGCUUUGGCAUCCUGCUCACCCAGCAGCCCAGGCCUGUUCUGUGAGGGUGGGAGAUGGUGGUGGGAAGAGACCUGGAGUCCUGGAGGAGAACAGCUGGAAGAUGAAGAGCCUGGAUUUAAAAAGACUUUGUUAGAUUUUUCUUUUACAGAAGGUUUUUGUUAUAGGGUUCCAUUGAGAUUAUUGUCAUUUCUUUCUGAUAAAUAAAUGUUCAAUUAUGGUUUGCAA